CAGUGGCAAAUAGAUCCCGCCUUAAAGAAGCUCUGUGAGAACACUCGGACACACAGACUCGUAAUUAAACUGUGCGCGAUGGAUUGAGCACGAAGACAAGGGAAUAUUGAUGAGAAAAACCAAAACAUGUGGAGAACUUUUGUCUCCGCGCUGUGCGUCCUGAGUGUUACUCCAGUCCGCUGCCUGUUUCAUGGAAGCUGCCCCAGGAAAGACCCCCCUCCUGGUGUGGUUGUUGUGUCCGACGGGCAGGAGUUGGUCCUAACAUGCAGUGGUCACGUGAUUGUUGAUGGGGUAAAAGUUGUGUUCCCCACCUUUCCUGCUUCUGUCACUCCUUUAACAACAAACUCCAUAACCCACAAUGCUGUGCUCCCAAAACAACAAGAUACAGUGACCAGGGAGAACCAAAGAAAAACAGUUCCUACUUUUUCACCCUCUGUGAGCCAUCCAGUCAGGGAGAAGACCGAGUUGGGUGCUGGAGAGGAGGACGGAUUUGAGGAUGAGUUUGAUGAUGAAGAAAAAGAAGAAAGAAGUGUAAAGAGGACGAUUCAGUGGAAAUGGAACAAUAAAUAUUUGCAGGGGAUGACGCACGGGUCCUCACUGUCUCUGUCCCACCUGAGAAUGAGCGACUCUGGGCGCUACAGCUGCCAUCUCAGAGGCGCAGAGAGGUUCUCCACAAAGAUCAUAGUGUCUGAGACUGCAGAGACUCCACAUUUGUCCUGCUACAAAAAAUCCCCAAGCAGCAAGAUCCGGUGUGAGUGGACUCCACAGACACAGCUUUACAAAGGCACCAGCUGCUCCUUGUUCAUUCUCAAAAGUCCGUCGACGUUGUUCUCGGAGGUCCCGUGCUCCUACUCCGUGCAGCGCUCUAAAUGUUGGUGCGCUAUGGACCAUAAUGAAGGGGACAAACGAACACUGCACCAGGCCUUCCUCUGUGUGUCCAGCAUCACCAAUAACUCCACCAGCAACCUCCUCUUAUUCACACCUAUGCACAUCUUAAAGCCAGACCCUCCCUACAACGUGUCUGUGCAGCCGGAGGUUGGACUGAACCAGACCCUGGUGGUGAAGUGGAGACCCCCGUACACCUGGAAGAUACAAGACCGCGUCUAUGAGCUCAUCUAUGAAGUCCGAUAUAAACCCGUGAUAUCUGCAUAUUUCCAAACAAAUUCAAUCAAUGAGCAGACAAACAGACACACCAUCACAGAUGCAGAGGCGGGGGAGCUGUAUGAGGUCCAGGUCCGGGCCAAAGACGAGUACGAGGGGCAGUGGAGUGAGUGGAGUGCCCCACAGUACGGACGCAGCUGGACAGAAGUGUCAUAUGAAGAUCUGUCAGUGACAUCCUUUCCGUACACAUAUAGUGAGGGCUCAGGCUCUGAGGACUUCAUUGAGGAUCUGUCUUCCUCUGCGCAUCCUGAGCAAACUGUGUCACAACUCUAUCUGUGGGUCGUACUGUCCCUUGGCUUCUGCUUUACCAUUUUGGUGGUAUACUUUAUAAGGUACAAAGAUCGAUGUUUGUCCAAACUGCAGAGCUUUGGUGCGUUACCUCAGUGCAGUGAUUCGGUGCACCCUCAGCCUGGACCUGCCCCGGCUGUGACAGAGGGACACGCUCUGCUUAACAAGAACCACCCUGUGAAUGAAGUGAAAGAGAGAAGAGAACAGGAACUGAGAGAAGAAGACAUGACUGAGACUAUGAACAUCAAUAACACAAGCUAUUUUUUGGUCCAGAUGGGAUUCUAGAUAUAAGCAUGGUUAAAGGGCCUGUACCUGACUUUGAAUCAUGAGUCAGAAACAUGUUUUAGUUUGAACCCUUAAUGACCCUUGUGAAAAUGCAUCAUGACAGAGCACCACGUGUCUGAGAUAGUGUCAGGUAGCUGGUUUUCCAUGAUCCUCAGUGAAUGAGCCUGAUUAUAUGAAAAAGGUGACGCUUUGUAAAAUGCAUAGAUUAGCUUGUAUAUUACAGUAUUAUUUUUCUUAUCGUGCAGCUUUUUGCCAUAUAAUGCAUUUGUGAAGAGCCUUAAUCUUGACAAGAAUCAGUUAAAAUCAGGUACAGCCCCUUUAAAGAAAUGUACAAUAUAUGUUUGUAAUAAUAAUGUUUUUUGCCUAUCUUACACAGUCUACCUCUGAAAUCUCUGGGGUUUCUUAAAAGGGCAGCCUUUGCCAGGUUGUGAGAAUUUUAAUGAAAAGAGGGUAUUUUACAUUGCUGUUUUAAUGUGUCAUUGUAAAUAAAUAUAUAAAUAUUGAAUGAAA